GCAAAUAUCGUCUCUGUGUUGUGUGGAAAAAAACCGUGUAAUUACAUUAUUUUUUCUAUUAAAAUGAAAAAAAUCGUGGCAUAUCUAACAAUAUUUGUUAUAUUAAGUGUAGUGAAUAGUGAAAAAUGUGAUGGCAUAUAUGUAAAUAAUAAAUUUCAUAGAAAAGAUAUUUUAUCUAUAAACAUCGAUAGGCCAUACCAACUAUCGUACGACAAACACAGGCACAGAGUUUAUUUCAGUUAUAACAUAGGUAAAGAAGAAGAAGAUCGUUUUAAUAUUGCGUAUAUAGAAAAAGGUAACACUGCACAUAAAAUUAAAGAUAAUAUUGAAAAUGGAUUUGCUAUAGCAAUCGAUAAUAAAAACUAUAAAAUAUAUUUCGGAGGCAGUCUAGGUAUUUAUGAAGAAUCAUUAAAAAAAGAAAAUGAAACUAAAAAGAUCAUUGAAGGUUUUAAUGUAUGGGAUAUGUUCAUUAAAGAGAAACUGCAUUUUAUAAAUUAUCCACAGCAGAGGUUAUAUAAAUGUGAAAAUGAAGAGUUAGGAGUGAAAGCGGUGCGUCAGAGACAUAUCCAUGAGAAAAUUUAUCAAUACGCUAUUGAUGGUGAUGAAAAUAGUUAUAUCACAAAUCGUACUGGCCUUUAUAUGAUUAAAAAUGGUACAAGUGAUCGUAUUUUUAUAAAAGGUAUCAAUAACUUUAGAUGUAUUGAAGUCGAUAAUAAUGGUGUGGUUUAUUUCUGCGGUCAACACGGCAUCUACGUCAUAAACAAAGAAGAUUACACACUGGAGAAGAUUGCAGAGAUAAGAAAUAUAUUUGGACUUACUUUUGAUCAUGAAAAUAAUUUCAUUUAUUCUAAUCCACAUGAAAUUGUUAAGUUAUUGGCUGGAGACUGUAAAUAAAACUUUUUUUAAAU